AUGGGAUGCGCGUAUGGGAUACUCCUCUCCUCCCAACCCUGCUGCUACUCCUCUCCUCCCUUCCCUGCUCCUACUCCUCUACGCCCUUCGCUGCUCCUACUCCUCUCCGCCCUUCCCUGCUCCUACUCUGGAGAAAGCUGCUACUCCUCUCCUCCCCUUCCAUGCUGCGACUCCUCUCCUCCCUUCCUAGCUGCUACUCCUCUCAUCCCUUCCCUACUGCUGCUCAUCUCCUCCCUUCCCUGCUGCUACUCCUCUCCUCCCGUCCCUGCUGCUACUCCUCUCCUCCCUUCCUUGCUGCUACUCCUCUCAUCCCUUCCCUACUGCUGCUCAUCUCCUCCCUUCCCUGCUGCUACUCCUCUCCUCCCUUCCCUGCUGCUACUCCUCUCCUCCCUUCCCUGCUGCUACACCUCUCUUCCCUUCCUUGCUGCUGUACCUCUCCUCCCUUCCUUGAUGAUACUCCUCUCCUCCCUCCCUGCUGCUACUCAUCUCCUCCCUUCCCUGCUGUUGCUCCUCUCCUCCCUUCCCUGCUGCUGCUCCUCUCCUCCCUUCCCUACUGCUGCUCCUCUCCUCCCUUCCCUGCUGCUGCUCCUCUCCUUCCUUCCCCCCUCCUACUCCUCACCUCUCUUCCCCCAUCCUACUCCUCUCCUCCCUUCCCCCCUCCUACUCCUCACCUCUCUCUCCCCAUCCUACUCCUCUCCUCCCCUUCCCUUCUGCUACUCCCCUCCGCCCUUCCCUGAUGCUACUCCUCUCCUCCCUUCCCUGCUGCUACUCCUCUCCUCCCUUCCCUGCUCCUACUCCUCUACGCCCUUCCCUGCUCCUACUCCUCUACGCCCUUCUCCGCUACUACUCCUCUCCGCCCUUCCCUGCACCUACUCCUCUCUGCCCUUCCCUGCUCCUACUCCUCUCCGCCCUUCCCUGCUCCUACCCCUCUCCGCCCUUCCCUGCUCCUACUCCGGAGUGUGA